GCGACAGGCGACUUCUAUCUAAAGAUUAAGAAAAACGCUCCUUUGUAGACAACACGACGCUAUCGAAAACUUACUCGAACAACACACGACAGAGGCUAAAUUCCAUGAUGAUGUCGUGAGUUGUUACAAAACCUUACAAAGAAAUAUGGCAGAGGCAGGCGAUUCUUCCGUAGUACUACGUAGUGAGGAUGCCACCCGACGUCUGGUUCCUGAAUUCACGACCUUUCUAGAGAGAAGCGGCAUUGAAUCCGACCAGUACUACAGAACGUUAAGGAACGCGGCGGUGUCCCUUCCGCGUCACGUACGCCUGAACCCACGCAGCUCUUGGGUUCAAGGUCUACAAGCGAAGGAAAAUAAGGGUGAAAAAUGUGGAGUCAAAGGAAUGGGCCGUUCAAUGGCGUUCGUCAGCGAAAUAAAAGCCUCUCUAACGGAAGCUGCUUUGCAGCGCAAGAACGCCGAGGGUAACAAGAGUUCUGCUAGUUCCGAAUCGAAGGGGCACGAAGAACGGACAGAAGAGGACGAACGGACAGAAGAAGUCGUGCGUUCGCGAGAUGAGGAAAAAAACGGCGGCGCUCCUUUACCAAAUCAAAAUGCGAAGCGGCGGAAGUGCGAAGAAGGAGAAGCCAGCGGAGGUCCUCCGGCCGAAUCGAGUGUGUCCGACGAAACAGCGAUCGAGGUUCGUCCGGUCUCCUGGCUGCCGGGUUUUUACUCCGUUUUCCCCGCGAAGACCCCACUUCGAACAGCAAGUAUCUUUGGCGAUGCACACGUGUACGGCUGCGACGCAGCGUCCGGCGCUGCUGUGCGUGCGCUGCUGGAAGGAGUUGAGAUGACGACCAAGGCGGAGCUCAUUGAUAUUAACGAAGUUUUCCCUCCUCGUACGAUCCGUGUCCUAGACCUCUGCUGUGCGCCCGGUACGAAAUUCUGUCUCCUUGCCGAUGAGCUGUGGACGCGGGCUCUCAACGCGAACAUAUCGGUGAUUGGUGUUGAUGUGGAUGCAGCGCGGUUGAACGCCUGCCACACUGUGGUGGCGAAAUAUUUCAGCAAGGAGCUCGCAGGCGCCGAGCCUGGUGAUGUUAAUACACGGAAGCUUUCCUUGCGUCUCGAGUGUUGCGACGGGCGGGAAUUCUUCUUACAACCCAAGGAUGGUUGUAGCAGUAUCACUGAGCAGUCCAACAUAGCUGCGACGAAGAACGCCAGGAAGAAAGCAAGACGGAGGAUGAACGUGGGGGAAACGAAGAAAAACGCAUGUAAUAUAAUUCCUUCUGUGCGGGAAAGCGAAAGCGACAGCCAUCACCAACAUCAAGGAGAGCAGCAGGGCAUCUUUGAUUUCGUCUUGGUUGAUGCAGAAUGUUCGCACGAUGGCAGCCUCCGACACGUGGAGAAAUUCAUGAGUAGUUCUUGCGAUGUUCUUCAAGACGGGAAUAAAGUGAAUCAUACCGCUGACAACUCAACUUGUUACCCCCCAGCAAGACCAGCGUCUUCUUCUUGGUGGGACGCGGAGACGUUGACGCAGAAGAUGGUGCACGUGCAGAGUGAGGAAGCGUUGCAGGAGCUGCUGGAUUUACAAAAGGCUUUGCUCCGGAACGGUUUUCGCAAUUUGAAACCCGGCGGAUUGCUACUCUAUUCCACCUGUUCGUUCUCCAAACGCCAAAACGAAGACCUGGUCGAGGAGUUUCUGUCAGAGUACGCGGCCUCCGCAGUGCCGGUUGAACUGUUUUCGUUUGAUGCCGGAACAGCGGAAGGUGGGGACGAGAGUGCUACUGCGAAGAUCAUUCCGUGUGAGUAUACUGGGGAUGAUGCAGCUGGACAGCGGCGAACGAUGGGGCGAUUCAGCCCAGAAAAAAGCAAAACAUCAGGAUUGUUUCUUGCGAAAAUAAAGAAGAAGCUUACAAUUUGAGCAUGAUUUUCUUCGCGAGCCAUUUGCUAGCAUCACAAAUUCAGCGACAUUCAUAAGCACCACAUGGAACAAACAAGUAUCCUUUUUCUCACUUGAU